CGCCUGUGUUUUCAUUACUACACGACAACACAAUACAGCAGCACAACACAAGCCUCUGAGGAGCGAAACAGUCCAUCCACAGGCUGCAUAUCCGUUUCAGUAACAUUUUGUUUAUACUGUAACGAUGUAGUUAAUGACAGAGGAAUCCGUUAAGACUGUAUUAUCAUCUGUAUUAUCAUUUGCAAAGGGAGAUUCUAGUAGUGGCUAACGGCUAUCGGCUCCAACAACAGAGGUUAACUAAAGAUGUGCAAAUAAUAGUGAUGCUCCUCCACCGCGUAUGACCAAAGGUACUAUCGAGCGGUAACAGGACUGGUAGGAAUCGACGUCAAGAUGAUGAAGAAAAAGAAGUUUAAGUUCCGAGUGGAUUUUGAGCUUGACGAGCUGUCGUCGGUUCCGUUCGUGAACGGAGUUCUGUUCUGUAAAGUCCGACUGCUCGACGGCGGAUUCUCGGAGGAGUCAUCGCGGGAGACGGUCCAGGCAAACUGUGUACACUGGAGAAAAAGAUUCUCCUUUCCCUGUAAAAUGAGCGCUAAUGCUGGAACUGGAGUCCUUGACCCCUGUGUGUGUCGAGUUUCAGUCCGAAAGGAACUAAAAGGUGGAAAGACUUAUGCAAAGCUGGGUUUUGCUGAUCUCAACCUGGCGGAGUUUGCGGGAUCGGGUAACACCACACGCAGGUGUCUUCUGGAGGGUUAUGACACCAAAAACACUAGACAAGACAACUCCAUCCUUAAGGUGAUCAUUAGCACACAGCUGAUGUCUGGAGACCCCUGUUUCAAAACGCCUCCGUCCACCGCCAUGGUGAUUGGCAUUCAGGGUGAUGCCGAGAGCCUACUAGAAGACAGGAAAGGAGGAGACACACAGAAACCUUUUCUGAGCCUCUCAGAGACAUCAGGGAAGUGUGGCUCUCUGCCUGAUGAACUGGGGCUGUGCGGACAUUCUCGAACGUCCAGUUAUGCUAGUCAGCAGUCCAAAGUAUCAGGCUAUAGUACGAGUCACUCGCGUUCCUCCAGUCUGUCGGAGUUCUCCCACAGGAGAAACACUUCGAUCGGCAGUGCUUCCACUGGCAUUGCCAGCAUCCCUGAGCCCUGUGAGGAGAGUGACCAAACUACAGCGCCCCCUACAGCUGUGGCGUUCUGUGCUGCUGUGCCUGAACACCCAUCAACCCCUGACAGGGCUGCCAGCAGGUUCCCAGUGAAACAGGACUCCAUGGAGUCUCAGCUGAAAAGGGUGGAUGCCACACGGGUGGAUGCCGAUGAUGUAGUAGAGAAGAUCCUGCAAAGCCAGGAUUUCACUCACAGUUUGCUGGACUCCAGCGCUGAAGAGGAAGGUCUGCGCUUGUUUGUGGGUCCAGGUGGAAGCACUGCACUUGGUAGCCAUCACCUUCCUGCCAGGGUUGGAGCUGGUGCCUACGAACAGGUGGUGAUCAAACGCUAGAGUUGGGAGAUGCCAGAAGGAGAAGUGUCAAAAACCAAAGUCUGUUUCGUGGGAGGAGAAAGGGACGAAGAGAUUCAGACAUGUUCGUCUCCUCUCACAUUAGCAGUGUUUGUCACAAACCUGUUUCAGCUUUUCGAUGAAACAGUGUCCUCUGCUGGCUACAUAAAGAACUGACAGCUCCUCUGUAUGAGGCUGUCAUUCGGUGUCUUGUGUUUCACUGUGAGGUAAAGUCUUCUAAUACGUCUGCAUUGCAAAUCAGAGAGCUUUCCCCUCUAUUUUCCUCGCUGAUUUAAAAAAAUAUAUAUUUCGUAUUGUUAUUUUAUUAAGAUAUCUGUUUAUUUUUACCAUGUUUACAUGCUUGUGAGCCAUUUUAAGGGGUCCAUCAGUAACGUUUGGUGGAUUAUAUACAUCAUUACAAUAUGUACGAGGUGUAUACUGUGUCUGCAUACGAAGGUGACCUCUUUACGCAUUUUUUUCUCGUUUCAUUACUGUACGAAUGAAAAUCAAACCGUCCUCACCCACCCGCAGCAUCUCACUUUGUGCGUGUGAGAAGUCGUGAUGCGUUUGACAGAUGGAGCCGUUUUCAGACUUGAAAAAAUGUCCAUUUGAAUAGCACUUUGAAUUGAAGGACUUUACAUGGACUUUCUAUGUAUCGCCAACAUUGUAGGGAGUUUUGAGGCUCAGCUUUUCAUCUAGUUAACUUGUACACAUUAAAUGUGUAUUUCUUUUUUAUUUGUUGCUGAAAAUGACUUUCGGCUACAGCUGCAUUAUAGUUCAAUUUAUAGACACAUUAGCUACUUCAAAUCUGGGCUGGUGAAUAUCUGAUAAGAACUUCUCUGGCAGCAGUCUAUGACAUAAUGAUGACAUCACAUAAAUAUAUUGGCUUUCACUUAAGAACAAAUUGAGCCAAGCCGUUCUCAAUCUACAAUUAUUUACAUGGCAGCACAGAACUAAGCAUUUAACCAUGUCGAUGCUUGAAACAUUUAGCACAAGGCUCUCAAGCAGCGUGUAGCUCUUAUAAUGCUAUCUACAACACUACAAAACUCAUUUUAUCCGUGUUUUUGUAGUUACUUGAUGUAUCACUAAAAUGAAGGUAUUUUAAUGACUAUUUUCAUGGUAUCUCUGUCUGUAAGAUCAGCUAUAGGGCAUAUCAGAAGUUAGUGCUUCUCUAGUUUUAUGUGACCUUAUGCCCAUAUCUUCUCAAAAGCCAUUCACUGUUUUCUAAAUGUAAACUCACUUGCCUCUGCAGUUUAACUGUGUGGGGAUUAGCAGCUGUGCGAGUGUGUGUACAAUAUAUUUGUAGCACUUGAUUAUAUCAUAACUGUCUAGAGUUAUAGUGUAGAAAUGCAUGGGUGUCACACCUACUCAUCAUGUCCGAAGCAAUUUGUGGUCUUUGCUAUCUCCAUCGGACUGAUCCAGGUCCGUUGAGAUCCAAACACUAAAAAUAAAUACUGACUGGAUGCUUGGAUUCAACUCGGCCACACAUCUCAGGUUUAUUUUCUUUCACUAUUACUGCACAAAUAUCAAAGCACCACACCGUGAAUGUACGGAGCCCUUUAAGAGACAUGGUGAUGGGAGAGAAAAUUCUGUUCUCAGUGCUUUUGCGUUCUUUCACAAAGAGAAAUUUUGCGUUUAUUUGAAAACAACUCAAGGUUUCUCAUAGGAACACAAAUAAUUUGGGAUCAAAUGCAACAUUUCUUCUGUGAAUGCAAAAGAAUAUCAUGCUUUUUCCAUCAAUGUGUCCCUUCAAGGACUCGAAUGUUUGCAAAUAUCCGUUUAUUUAGAGGUUAUCUGCGAUAUGUCAGCUUCAUUACUUUUCAGCAGAAUUACUUUGAACUUGAUUUUUAAUUUUUUUUAAAUUGAUCUACUGCCAAAAUGAAAUCUAUUUUUAUGUAUUUGAGCUUUAGUGAUACUUAUAUUGUAAGAUUCACCCCCCACCCCCCCACACACACACACACACACACACAUUUUCUUCCCUAAAUAUCUUACACAACCUAUAAGUAGGUCCUGGUACUUUACAUGUUGUAAAAACAUGGUGGCUUUAUCUCUUCUGUGAAGUUUUUGGUCUUUGUAAUUGUACUGUGUCUGAUGUUUAAAGGUGACAUUGCUUUUUGACUGUCUCGCAAUGUUGUGUUCCAACUUUUGACCAAUAGUGGCUUCCAUGCCAUGUGUUCUGUUAUGAUGCUGGUAAGGUAUGUACCAUGCACUGUUAAAUAAAACCACAUUCCAAAGAA